AUUGCUGGAUAAAAAUAAUAGAAAAAAUGAAAUAAAAUAAAAAAAAGGGUGUUUAAUAGCUGGAAAGUGUGUGGUAUCCUAAUACUAAUAGUAUACGGUACCCACUACUCAAUUAACAAUUUCUUGUCAAUCUCCUCUUCUUCCUUUCAAGAUUUUUCACGCAUGGCGGAUUCAGAGGAAGGUGGAAGGGCAUUGCCCAAGUUCGGAGAAUGGGAUGUGAACGACCCAGCAUCUGCCGAUGGUUUCACUGUUAUCUUCAACAAAGCAAGGAACGAGAAGAAGGCUGCUACUGCUCCCAAAUCCCUCUCUUCUCCCAAACCCCCUCAUCAUGUUGUUCUUGGAAAGCCCCAUCCUAAUAGAAAAUGGUUGUGCUGCAUAAACUCUUCUGAAUAAGAGUAACAUCAUCUCUGCAUGUUAUGGUUGAGAGACAAUACCAAUAAGAACAAAUCAAUAAUAUAUCGUAUCUGUUCAAUACUUGGUGGUGUGUGUAACCUUAUUUAUUGAACCCUUCUGUUUUGUGUUUCAUGUUUAGUUAUCAAUAAACCUCUCAUCAGUUUCCAUUUCCAAUUGUUACACUACUUGUUGAAUGUUAUUCAUUUGGUUA